AUGAGUACCGCCCUUCGAUUCGUGGUUUCGUUCAUUAAUCGAGGCCUUAGGGUUGCAGGUGCCAGCCAGCCAGCCAGCCAGCCAGCCAACAGCAGCAGCGGUCUAGCCAGCCAGCAGCGGUCCAGCCAGCAGAAGCAGCAGCAGCAGCAGCAACAGCAGCAGCAGCAGUGGUCCAGCCAGCCAACAGCAGUGGUCCGGCCAGCAGCAGCAGCAGCAGCAGCAGUGGUCCAGCCAGCCAGCAGCAGUGGUUCAGCCAGCAACAGCAGCAGCGGCAGUGGUCCAGCCAACCAGCAGCAGUGGUCCGGCCAGCAGCAGCAGCAGCAGCAGUGGUCCACCCAGCCAGCAGCAGUGGUCCGGCCAGCAGCAGCAGCAGCAGCAGCAGUGGUCCAGCCAGCCAGCAGCAGUGGUCCAGCCAGCAGCAGCAACAGUGGUCCAGCCAUCCAGCAGCAGUGGUCCAGCCAGCAGCAGCAGCAGCAGCAGUGGUCCACCCAGCCAGCAGCAGUGGUCCGGCCAGCAGCAGCAGCAGCAGCAGCAGUGGUCCAGCCAGCCAGCAGCAGUGGUCCAGCCAGCAGCAGCAGCAGCAACAGUGGUCCAGCCAUCCAGCAGCAGUGGUCCAGCCAGCAGCAGCAGCAACAACAGUGGUCCAGCCAGCCAGCAGCAGUGAUCCAGCCAGCAGCAGCAGCAGCAGCAGUGGUCCAGCCAGCCAGCAGCAGUGUUCUGGCCAGCAGCAGCAGCAGCAGCAGUGGUCCAGCCAGCCAGCACAGCAGCAGCAGUGGUCCAGCCAGCCAGCAGCAGUGGUCUGGCCAGCAGCAGCAGCAGCAGCAGCAGCAGCAGCAGCAGCAGCAGUGGUCCAGCCAGCCAGCAGCAGUGAUCUGGCCAGCCAGCAGCAGUGGUCCGGCCAGCCAGCAGCGGCAGCAGCAGCGGCAGCAGCAGCAGCGGCGGUGGCGUUUCCCGUGCGGCCACUACCGCUGUCGCCGCUGCUGCUGCAGUAGCUCCGUCGGCGGCCCCAUCCGACCCUUUGCUUACGACGGACCGGCCAAUGAAGAUCCAGGGGGAGGAAGGAAGGGAGAUGAGACGGCGUUAUGA